AUGGAGGGCCAGGGCGAGAAUGAGGAGCUUUACCCUAUCGCGGUGCUGAUCGACGAGCUGAAGCAUGACGAGGUGCUCCUGAGACUGAACGCAAUCCAUCGACUCUCCACAAUUGCCCUUGCUCUGGGUCCAGAGCGUACAAGGGAUGAACUUAUACCAUUCCUCGACGACUCCGUGGAGGAUGAAGAUGAAGUCCUUACAGCGCUAAGCGAGGAGCUCGGUAACUUUGUAGAAUAUGUCGGUGGGCCAGAAUAUGGCCACGUAUUACUGUCUCCAUUGGAAAAUCUGGCUGCGAUAGAAGAGCCGCUUGUGAGGGACAAGGCUGUCGAGUCUCUCAACAAAAUAUGUGACCAACUCUCCUCAACUCAGGUCGAAGAAUAUUUCAUCCCUCUUAUAGUUCGCCUAUCCAAAGCCGAUUGGUUCACUUCCAAAAUCUCAGCUACCGGACUGUACAACGUUCCUUACAAGAAAGCGUCUCCGAACCAGCAACAAGGCUUGCGAUCUCAAUUUGGGCAUCUUGUACAUGACGAAACACCUAUGGUUCGUCGACAAGCUGCUAACAAUCUUGCCAAAUUCGUGAAAGAAGUUACGGUAUCGAUCGUCAUUGAUGAAAUGAUCCCUCUUUUCCAACACCUUGCAGGUGAUGAUCAGGACAGUGUCCGCCUGUUGACCGUAGACAUAUUAAUCUCCAUAGCUGAAGAGAUACCCAAAGAACAGCAAUCAAGUCACGGAGUACUAUUGACUGCGUUGAGAAGUCUGUUCGAAGAUAAAAGCUGGAGAGUCAGGUAUAUGGUGGCAGAUCGAUUCGAAAGAAUUGCGAAAGCCGUUGAUGAGGAGGUCGUCAAUCGCGAUCUGGUGCCAGCAUUUGUCAAGCUACUCAAAGAUAGCGAGGCAGAAGUUCGAACGGCGAUUACAGGCCAAAUUCCAGGCUUCUGUGGUUUGUUGGAUCGAGAAACCCUCCUCAACGAGAUCAUGACCAGCAUCGAAGAUCUAGUCUCCGAUCCUUCUCAACAUGUUCGCGCAGCGCUGGGAACCCAGAUCAGUGGCUUGGCCCCAAUUCUGGGCAAAGACGAAACGAUUGCUCAUCUGCUACCGAUGUUCUUGCAAAUGCUCAAAGAUGAGUUCCCGGAUGUCCGUCUCCAUAUCAUCUCAAAGCUUGAACUCGUCAAUAACGUUAUCGGUAUCGACCUGCUAUCUCAGUCACUGCUUCCUGCUAUUGUACAAUUGGCGGAAGAUAAGCAGUGGCGUGUCCGACUCGCCAUCAUUGAAUACAUUCCUCUUCUAGCCAGUCAGUUAGGCGUCAAGUUCUUCGAUGAGCAGUUGAGUACUUUAUGCAUGAGCUGGCUUGGCGAUACCGUCUUCUCGAUCAGAGAGGCUGCGACACAGAACUUGAAGAAGCUUACAGAAGUCUUUGGUGUUCAAUGGGCGAAUGAAGCAAUUGUUCCCAAAGUUAUGGUGAUGGGUCAACAUCCAAACUAUCUGUACCGCAUGACAACUUGCUUUGCAAUAUCGACCUUAGCACCUGUCUUGACCAUGGACAUCAUCAAAGACUCAAUCCUUCCAAUGCUAGACAGACUCGUCGCCGACCCAAUACCUAAUAUCCGCUUCAACGUCGCCAAGUCAUACGCAGUCCUAAUCAGCACUCUUUCCCGCCUUCCAGCCGAAGGCAGCUUGACAGAUCUUGAGAAGUCAGGGAAGCCAUUCAACCCCUCACCAGAAGGCCAAGACUUGGUUCAGUCCCAAAUCAUGCCAAAUCUCCAAAAACUCCAGCAGGAUGAGGAUGUGGAUGUGAGGUACUUUGCCACUACGGCAGCAGGCAGCACGGGUGAGAGAAUGGAGACGUCGCCAUGA